AUGGCCGACGCUGCAAGCACCGUCCCUACCUUCAAGCUCGUGCUUGUCGCUCAACCACAGACGACCUUUGUCAAGCGUCAUUUGACUGGAGAAUUCGAGAAGAAGUACAUUGCGACGCUCGGUGUCGAAGUCCACCCGCUUGCCUUCACCACCAACCUUGGCCCCAUUCAAUUCGACGUGUGGGACACCGCAGGCCAGGAGAAGUUCGGUGGUCUCCGUGAUGGAUACUACAUCAAUGGCCAGUGCGGUAUCAUCAUGUUCGAUGUUACCUCGCGUAUCACAUACAAGAACGUCCCCAACUGGCACCGUGACUUGGUCCGUGUCUGCGAGAACAUCCCCAUCGUCCUCACUGGUAACAAGGUCGACGUCAAGGAGCGCAAGGUCAAGGCAAAGUCCAUCACCUUCCACCGAAAGAAGAACCUCCAGUACUACGACAUCUCCGCCAAGUCCAACUACAACUUCGAGAAGCCCUUCCUCUGGCUCGCCCGGAAACUGGUCGGUAACCAGACGCUCGACUUUGUUGCCGCCCCGGCUCUCGCGCCUCCCGAGGUUCAGGUCGACCAGGCUGUGCUCGAUCAGUACCGACAGGAGAUGGAGAACGCCGCCCAGAUGCCUCUUCCCGAUGAGGACGAUGCCGAUUUGUAGAUACGGUCACGAGGUCGCUCCUGGCCACGGCUAGGACUGUAAUGGGUUACACGACACGACAUGCAAUUCCCGACACUGGGAGAAGCAGGAAUAUGCAGCUUUCAAGAGCUUAGGACUUUUUUGGCAAAAACGGGGCAGCAUGCGGAGGAUUGGGGAGGUAUCCAACAUGGAGCGCUGGAAUAGCCGGCGUUUCGACGAAAUGAUCAAAUACAAUUCUGUUCUCAUGUUCAAUGGGUACAUUUAUCGUCGAUGAA